GGCGCGCGUGCGCACGGCGCCUGCCUCGCGGCGCGGCGCGGCGGGGCGCGCGGCCGAGCACGUUUGAGAUGCGGCGCUGACCUCCAGUCCGUGACGGCCUCAGUCCUUCUUUCCCUGUAGACGUCGCUGCGCGAUGGCAGCCCGGCUGGUGCGGCGCUGCUGCUGGCGGCACUUUGCUGCCGUCGUCUCUGCUCCGUCGGCAGUCCCAGCCUCCCUGCUCGUGUCGGCCGGUAAGGUAGUGAUAGCAAGAGCUCUGCCUCAAGCACCUUUCGCUUCGUUUCAUGCUUCGAGUCCCUCCAGCUGGGCAGAUGGAUUCUCAGUCAAAGAGCGGGUAGAAGACAACGGCAAUCGAGAGCACAAGGUGAUCAGUGAACUCAUUGAAACAGCUACUAGUCCUCAAGAACUCUUGCAGUUGAAUGAACUUCACUCUCUAAAUAGCAACCAAGCCUCGCUAGUAAUUACUCAACUUUCGCGGCUUGCGGCAGAAAAAAACCUGGAGACUGGUAGCAUUUUGCAAGACGAACGGUUCCGACAGCUCAUUGUCAUCACUGAUUCUCAGAUUUCUCAGGUGUGGAAUAACACCCUGGUGAACCUCUUAAAGAGCCUGUACUCCCUAGGCAUGGGCAGCAGCAGAGGGGAGAUGCAGUCGGUGGAGCACGAGGUGCUCUGGCGGCUCAGGCGCCUCAGCUUCAGGCAGCUCACCUCCCUGGCAGAGUUCCUGGCUCUCAAGCAGGGGAAAGACAGCAAGCUGCUGAACGAAGUCAUCAAGAAGCUGGAACUGCGUUGGACAGAGCUUGAGGGCACCAAAACCGUGGUGACACUGAUGUCCAAGGUCGGGCACGUCUCGCCAGCUCUAAUGGACCGGCUGGAGGACAAGGCUCUGGAACUUGCUGAACAAUUCAAUCCUGAUGAUAUCCGGAAAAUAACGCUGGCUUUAGCGUACCAGAACCGGCGCUCUGUGCCGCUGCUCCGGGCCUUGUCAUACCACCUGAUUCAGAAGCACUCAGAGCUCAGCCUCAGCGUUUUGAUAGACCUGAUUUUUGCCUAUGGAAAACUGAAUUUCCACCAGCCCCAGGUCUUCCAGAAGAUAGCCACUGACCUGCACCCCCACGUGUCCACGAUGACACCCCUCGAGGUGACGCGCUGCAUCAGAUCCUUCGCCCUCCUCAAGUGGCUCAACCUGCCGCUGUUUGAGGCCAUUGCACAGUAUGCCCUGGACAACACCAGAGAGCUCUCUGUCCCCCAUCUGUGCAGUAUCAUCCUGUCUUUUGCCCGCCUGAACUUCCAGCCCAGCGGAAGCGAGGACUUCUUUAGCAUGGUCCACGAGAAGCUCCAGGGCCAGCUGGACAGCCUGGACUCGCACCUGCUGACGGACCUGGUGUGGUCGCUGUGCGUGCUGCAGCAGGCCAAGGCUCCCUACUUGCAGAAAGUGCUGGCACCCAACUUCCACGCUCAGAUACAAGGCGAUCAGUCCCUCAAAGCCCAGAACUUACGCUUGAAACUCGUCCACAUCAAUGCUGCUGCCAGGCUGGAAAGCCCUGACUACCAGGGGCCGUUCCUGCCAACGGAGGCGCUGAGCGCAGCGGGCCAAGGCGGGGAGAAGGUCACGCUGCUGCGGAGCAGCCUGCGGGAGGCCUUGGCGGGCCUGCUGGGGAGCAAGGACAACGGGCGCUUCGACGUACGCACCGUCUACGGCUGGCAGAUCGAUGCCGAAAUGUUGGUGAACAGCGAAAACAAGCCUCUGCCCUUGAAGGGCUUUGCUGCUCCCCACCUGCCCCACUCGGAAGGGACACAGCCGCUGCCGCCGGGUGCCAGGAGGGUCGCCUUCCUCAGGUGGGAGUUCCCCAGCUUCAGCAACAGAAGCAAGGACCUGCUGGGCCGCUCCGUCAUGGGCCGGCGCCACGUCCAGGCGGCCGGCUUCCUCGUCAUAGACGUUCCCUACUACGAAUUCCUGGAUUUGAAGUCGGACCGGCAGCGGACAGCCUACCUCAAGGACAAGCUGAGCAAGGCCGUGGCCCAAGAGAUGGCGAACUAGCGGCGAGGGCCGGGGCCGCGCGUGGCGCCCGAGCCGAGGAGGAGGAAGCAGCAGCGCUUCGCCCGCGGCGAGGGGCCGUCGCGCACGCGUCUGUGUUAGAAACGUGUUUGAAUAAAGCGCCUGCCGCACGGC